GGAACGCUCCAAAAGGAGCGUUACAAGAUAGAGAGAGCUCUGUCAAUGUAUGCCGUUCAGUCAAGACUUUCCUUACCUCGUCGUUUCCGCCGUUGCUUCCAAAUUACGGAAAACGCAUCCUUUUUCUCCCUUAACUAAUUUCCACUUUAAAAAAAAGAACGGAAAUUCCCAAUUCCAAAUUAUUUCUAAAUAAAUCAUUCUCUCGGUUAAUUUCUCAGUUCGAUCUCUUAUUUUCAAUGGACGAAUCAUCGUAUUCAAAUCUUGCUACCAGUCAUUUACUCGGCUCAGUUCCGGCUGUUAUCAAUGAAGAAAAAAAGGCAUCGUAUGAAGUUCCUGAAGCGAAUAUGCAAAAUUUCCCUCCAAAUAGUGGCAGCGGAGGAGUUGGCGGCGGCGGCGGCGGCGGAGGUUAUCAAACUCUUGUAGCUCCAACUGAAGGAUUUGAACAACAGCCACCAAACAACUGGAAGGGAGUGUUUAGUAUCUCGUCAUACACACAGUAUUUUAAUGUGGAUACAGAUGUUGUCAUAAACAGAUUGAUAAGUUCCUUUUAUCCUGUUGGUGGAGAUUUUUUCGACAAGAUUGAUGCUAACCCUGAUUUGUAUGGUUUUAUCUGGAUAACAACUACAUUGGUCUUUAUGCUUGCUUCCUUUGGAAACUGUGCCACGUACCUUAUGCAAAAGCGCACUGACGGCACUACUUCUUGGAGCUUUGAUGUUGGCUAUGUAAAUGCAGCAGCUUGUGGAAUCUAUGGUUACACAGCUGUGGUGCCACUGGCAUUUUACUUCUUGCUUCGGUAUCUGGGUUCAAAUGCUAGCCUUGUACGAUUUUGGUGCAUGUGGGGUUAUUCGCUAUCCAUUUUCAUUCCAACUGCAUUUCUACUGCUUAUUCCAGUUGAGAUUCUCCGAUGGAUCAUUAUACUCAUUGCUGGUACAGCCUCAGCAUGCUUUGUUGCUUUGAAUUUAAGAUCUUAUAUUGAGGGGGCAAACGAUCUUACAAUGAUGGUGGUUGCUGCAUUCUUGUUGCAAAUGGCCCUUGCAAUCUUCAUCAAGGAGAUUAGUUUGAGUGAAAUGCCGCUUGAAGAAAAGCUUGUGUGUUUUGGGAUUCCUUACUUGGUUUGUAGUUCAUUGAUAAAUUUGAAACAUGUAAUGGAGGUGAGUUCUAGGAGUUUAUGUUUUUGAUGACGUGUAGCAACUCCGCUAUUUUGGUUUUGGAGUCAGUUCAUCUAAUUGAGUAGGUGUUGUUGGCCUACAACUUUUAAGUGACCAACUUCAUCAGAGUAACCGGAGUAAAUGUCAAUGUAAUAUUUGAGAUUCCGGAACUUGUCUCUUUUGCUCAUGGUUGUGUAAAUAUAGGUUGUCAUGGUCUUUUUGUCAAUCUGUAAUUGUUACUGAACAUCGUAAAGCAAAUUUUUGUUUAAAAAAUUAGGUUCUUUCUGAAUCAUAAAUGAUCAUGGGCAUGAAGUUACUAGGUAGACUAUCUCAUUUGCCCAAAAAAGGCAGGAAAGGGAGAGGGGAAAGGUUGUGAUGGUCAUUAGCCCUAAGAAGACCAUGGCUCGCUCCCCUGCCCAUUUAAGUUUGUGCUACCAAGAGCAUCCAUGGUCGCUGAUCAACUAUAGAACCCUACCAUAAGUGGAAUGCGUUAGCUGUUCGCCGUUAUGUUAGGCAAUAAGGAUCGGAGAAGGGUAGUCACGCAUUCUUAAAACAGUGUUCUUAAUACCAAAGAAUGAGAGGGGAAAGCUCACCAUUCCUGAUUACCUUUGUAGCUUUAUCCUUGGAAACCACAAGAAUCCUUGGGUAGAAUGGGAUCCCACACUUUCUCUGUCAAGUGGUGUUUAAGUAACCAAUCUUUCUUUCUUUUUUUUUUUCCGUCAAACAUAUGAACUUUUCAGCCCUUUGUAAUUUCAGCCUAUGAGCUCGAAACUAGUGCACGAUGACAGGCCGAGCAAGGUAACAAAUGGUCAGAGUCUGUGCACUUUCGAUUCCUGGGCUGCCGUCUGCCCAAUCCAACUUGAGUCAAAUCAUCAUGACCCACAGCUUCUUGGUUGGGCUUGUUUUCGGCCUUAAUGAGUAGACCCAUCUCGAUCUUACGCCAUCUCAUACCAUAUUAUUCAAAACUGUAGCUAAAUUGGCUGAUUAAGGAGGAAUCUAUUCUUUUGAUUUUUUUAAUAAUAAAACCAUACCUAACCGAACGACUGGACUCCACGUAUUUGGUCAAAAUCGAUAGAAGCAAAACAUGAAUUGUUGUUUUCUGUGGGUUGUGUCUUGUCCCAUAGGCUAAUAUAUUCCAGUUAAUUUAUAGGGUCUUUGACUUUAGAACAAGUGUUUGUUUGCAUUUAAUCUAAUCUGGUUGGCCCAAGUUGUCUACUAAUUCAUAAACAUUAUUCAGUAAAAAAUUUUCAUGAAGCUGUUUUGGUGAAACCAAAAUCCAAUUUUCAGAAAAAGCAAACCAAU